AUGACCCAACAACUCAGCAAAAUCGCCUUACAUUCGAACAUCGUGCACAAGGUGCUUGGCGACGAAACAAAGAUCGCCAAAUAUAGCGACUUAACACUAGAGUGUGCAGGAAGCACGUUUGCCGUUCAAAAAGUCAUCGUGUGUCCUCAGUCCGAAGUGUUUGCAGCAGCCUGCGACAGCAGAUUCAGGGAGGAAUACUCCGGCAUCUACCGCAUCGAAGAGUUCCAAGCAUCAACUGUCAACUACAUGGUGCAAUACCUAUACACAGGUGACUACAUCAACGAGUACGAUACUCGCGAUCCUGUGCACAAACCAAGUUGCGAGAGCAACAUCAAGUCUACUCUUGCCUCUCCUACUGCCAGUCUAUCCACUGUACUAAUCGCCCACCUUUAUGUUGCCAAGAUCGCGGACUACUUCCAAGUCAAGGGGCUGACGGAGCUGGUCCAUGAGGAAGUGGAUACUACACUGCAGAUGCCGUGGUCGGCUGAGGGGUUUUCUGAAGCCGUUCAGGUGGCGUACAGGAUACCCUACAACGUGGUUCUUCGGGAGAAAAUAGCGGCUGUUCUGGUGGAUCACCUCGAUGACUUUCUCACGGACGGCGCUCACGAGAGUGCUUUCGAUGACAAUUUUUCAGUGCGAGUGUUACGGCGCAUGGAUGAGAAGAACAGUGUACUGGAAAAGCGACUGAUGGAAUCAGAUGCGAAAAGAACUGAAUUGGAUAAACGCAUCUCCCGAUUGUUAGGGGAGAAGGCGGACCUUGCGGAACUGCUGGCGAAGGAGCGCGAAAGCGACACCGGCUUUGACAUUACCGUGGAUAAGGUCUGA